AUGCAGACAAAUCCCAGCUUAAAACUUGCCCAAGAGGAGAUUGAUCUCAAACCCUGGAAAUACACUGGUUACCAGUCCCUCUCACGAUUUCUUGCGUCAGACAAUGACUUCUUCAUUUUGCGUCGAUUCGGUACUUUGACGGUGAGAGUGCUUCUUCGUUUGCAAGAUCAAUUGGUGCAAUUAGAGGAGAGACUCGCUGUCAUCGAGCACAAAUUACACCGAAAGGAGGCCCCAGAUGUGCACAAUGGAACUUUUAGAGAGGAUACGCAACUGGAGAGGACGCAGGUUAUUGAUGAAGCCCAGGGACUUUUGAAAGAGUACAGGGCGCCCAAGAAGGACAUUCGAAGCCUCGAGAACUGGCUCUACAACAAUGACUCGGCUAUAAACCGGCCGGAGACAGAGUUCAUCACAUUUGAGUCUGACUUGUUCAGUGUAGUGCCCACAAUAAAGAGUCCACUUCGAAAAUUCCUGGAGAUAUCGCGUCAUUUUCGUCUGCUAAAGAUCUGGAAGCAACGCCCCAGUGAUUGUCCAGCCAGAGUACCAGAGGAUGAAAAUGUUCACUAUACGUCAGACAAACGGAUGGAAAGUUUCAUUGCGGCCCUCAACCUGGCAUUAGGAGUUACCAUGCUCAUUGCACCUCUCUGGAUUUUAGCCUUUUUAGAGAAUUUAGUGCAGAAGUUGGGCGUCAUCUUUGCGUUCAUUGUCCUUUUCCUGACUACUGUGUCGUUUGUCACGGUAGCCAACACCUACGAAAGUUUAGCUGCGACCGCUGCGUGA